AUGACAAUCGACAAGAUCCGUGUCGAGGGCGACGAACGCAUCAGGUAUGAAUAUGCCACCCUCAACGGACGAAAAUACGGCUACCUCCUCAGUCAACCCCAAUCCGGCAAUUACCGUGCCACCAUUUUCCUGAUACAUGGGUUUCCAGACCUAUCUAUGGGAUGGCGAUACCAAAUCCCCAUGCUGGUGAACAUGGGGCUGAGAGUCGUUGCUCCAGACUGCCUUGGCUACGGCCGCACAGAAGCCCCCGAUGACUACACCCAAUACGGACACAAAGCCAUUGCAGACGACAUCAAAGCCUUAGCCACACACCUCGGCGAAUCGAGAAUUAUUUUAGGCGGACAUGACUGGGGCGCUUUCCUAGCCUACCGCGUUGCUCUCUGGCAUCCUGAUCUAGUCACCCACCUCUUCACUGUGUGCGUGCCAUACUCCAGUCCCAAGAAAGAUUACAUGCCGCUGGAAGAAAUGGCGCACACUGUCAUGCCGAACUUUGGGUAUCAAAUUCAGUUUGCAAGUGGAGAGCUUGAGAAAGUUGUUCAGUCUAAGGAGGAGAUCAAACAGUUUUUGACUGCUUUACUUGGAGGUCGGACGCCUGAAAAGCAGAAUGGUUUUGAGGCCGAGAAGGGGGUUCUACUUGAUCAUUUGAUGAGGUUGAGGCAUUCGCGAUUAUUGAGUGAGGAGGAACUGGAGUACUAUGGACAGGAAUACUCAAGGCAUGGAAUUCAUGCACCGUUGAACUGGUACCGAACGCGGAAGAUCAACUUCGAGGAUGAGUUGAGUAUCGUUGGUCGAAAAAUUACUGCCCCUACACUUUUCAUUCAGGCUCUUCGAGAUGAGGCUCUGCCGCCACACCUUGGGAAAGCUAUGAGCAAGCAGUUCCCUAGACUAGAUCUGAAGCAGGUUGAUACUGCGCAUUGGGCGCUGUGGGAGAAACCUGAGGAAGUGAACGCCAUCAUUUCUGAAUGGUUGAAGGAUGUUGCAUUUACAGGGAAACCCUUGGAGAAGCUUUAA